AUGAAGCCGCAGCAGGCCCGCUGCACAAAGUGCGCGGCUGACGGCCAGCCGGACGACUCGGUCCUUGUGUCUAUGGCCCGGUCGCUCUUUCAGUGGCGUGGCAAUGCCGCUGGCGGUGGCCAUGGCAUCGACAGCCCGGCCGCCGAUGACCGAGCCCGGCCCCACCGGGAGGAGCAUCGCCAACUGACCCAGGACCCGUGGGUACGGCUGGCCAUUGCCGCGGCCUACAACGCCCUGGCCGGGGACCUGUCAUUGAGCCAGUUGCUGCUGGUCGAGAGUCCCGGGGCGGUGCUGCCGGUGGUUGCAGCCCCAGCCGGGUGGCCCGGGCCCGACUGGGGCCUCAGCACCACCGGGUCGGGCGAUUGGCCUGGCGAGGGGUCCGGUCCUGGCUCGGACCCGGCCAGUCCUCUUCACCCGUGGCCCGGCUCUCCCGGGGGGGAUUUCUCGGCCGAGACGGUGGCCCUGGACCGGGCCCCGCCCGUGCCCGGUCUCCCGGCUCAGGAUGCCGAGCUCCUGGCCCGCCUGCAGGACCCGAUCGACCGGCUGUUGAAGACCUUCGCUGAGACCCUGCAACACCAAUUGAAUGGCCCCAUCUAUGAUAAGGUAGCCCCACUGGCUUCAUGCCCGUGUGUGACGGCCCUUUUCUUGGGCAACUUGGAGCGCUAUUUUUUCAAGCAAUUUCACAGUCACAUUUACGCCCUGCCGACCGAGGUGUAUCGAGAUCAGCUUGCGGCGGUCAAUGUCCGCCGGCACCGGUGGAUUGAGGGCCGGCACUUGGACCUGCCGGCCGGCUUGGUGCCGGCUUUUCCAUUCGGGGUGGCCGAUGACCCGGCACUGGGGCUGCUUUCGGCGGUCAUUGGCCCGAGCCCGGCCGGGGCUGUGUCGGCCCCUGCUGUGAGCCCCGACUCCGCGGGUCGGACUCUGCGUGCAUUUCAACUCUGCGUCGAUGCCCUCGGCCAGAUGGGGCAGUGCUUUGCCCCGGGGCAGAAAAUCGAGCGGCUGAUGCUGGCCGUGAGGCUGAUCAUCCGGAUCCUGCGCACGGCCGGGAUGGUAUCCUCGGCGGAGCACAUGCUCCCCCUGCUUGUGGUGGCCCUCUGUCGAUCGAGCCUGUACGAGUGCAUGGUGGCCACGGUGCAGUUUCUGACGCGCUUCCGGCCGGAAACCACCGCCCCGGAGGAGGACUACUACAUGAUGAUGUUUACUACGGCUGUUCACUUCUUGGAGACACUCGACCGGAAGUCCCUCUCCAUCACGGACGGCGAAUACCACCGGCUGGUGACCGCCUUCCGGGAGUAUGCUCGCUCGGAGGAGAGCCUGGCCAAGGCACGCGCCGCUCUUGACCCCUAUGCCGGGCUCCUAUCGCACCUGGGCCCCGAGACAGCGAAUGCCUCGGAGACGGCCGGCCUGCCGGGCACGGCGGGUGGUGGGGCGCUGGCCGCCCUGCUGCCUGGCCCCGGGGUGGUCGCCAUGGCUGCUUCACUGGCACCCGGUCCUGGGAGCGGCGGGGGAACACCCGGGCAGGUGGCUGUCUCCUCGGCCUCCUUGAGCCUGGAGCCGGUGCGGGCAUUUUCCGACGCGCCAGCCGGGGGAUGGAAUCGCACCGGCCGGACAAACCCCAAGGCCCGGGCCGCCCCACCCGUGUCCGAAGAGAAGCCCUCGCCCAUCUCGGACGAGGACUUCGUGUGGCAGCAGCAGCAGCAGCAGUCGCCGAGCCCGAACUAGCCCCGAGGCAGCCGAUUGGGCCAUCCUCGCCGUCUGUGCAGGCGGUGUCCCUGCCGAGUCCCUUCCAGCACCAGGGCGGCCCCUUCCCACAGCCAGGGCAGGGACCUGGCUCGACGCCCGCCGGCGUGGGCUUGCUCCUGCCAGAUCUCCCGGUCCCGGUGAUGACUGAUCAUGUGCCCGCAGGGCAUGUGUCCAUCUUGUGAAAUAGGACACGUGUAUCUCCC